CAACGAUGGACACAAUGGAGCAAUUGCUGGGGUUCUCCAGCUUUGGUAAGCGAAAGCGAAGCAACCAGACGCCUCCCAAGGACCGACCCAAAGCCGUCAAGGUUGAUUAUGUCGCUGAGCAGAUAGACUUCCUUCAGGCACACUCACACUUGACCCUGGACGAACUGGCGACAACCUUUGACACGACGACAACACCGUCAACCGAGUCUACUACAUCAACCGACCUCUUCCCGCUCUUGAUCGAAGCAUUAGAGUCCGUUUUGGACGCCAAGACGAGGCUCCACGACGCACGCUUGUCCGCUGGAGCAUACCGAGAGGCCCGCGCCUUGGCCAAUCCAUGGGAGGCGUUGGGGAGAUGGAAAUUUGUCAACCGAUCCGCGAUGAAGAUGGCCGAGUUGGACGCUCGCUUGCACUUGACCAAGUCGAUUGGAACGCGCGACCUGUCCUUUGUCGACUUGUGUGGCGCCCCAGGAGGUUUCUCCGAGUACCUUGUCUUCCGCGCCAACUACGAGCAUGUACGUGGCUUUGGCAUCUCGAUUCGCGUGCGUGGCUCGUCGCAUUUGGACUGGCAGCUUCCACCGUCCAUGCAUGACUUGGUGUCUAUUUCGUUUGGCGCCGACGAUACGGGGGACUUGUACCGACAGAAAAACAUGGACCACUUUGUGCAGUCGGUACUUCGACGACAUGCAACCGGCGUCAACUUGGUCGUGGCCGAUGGAGGUUUUCAAGAUGCUCGAAACCACUCAAACCAAGAACAUGUCAUGCAUCGCUUGGUUCUGUGCGAAACGCUGGUCAUGUGUCGUGUUCUGCAGCGUGGUGGCCACUUUGUAUGCAAAGCAUUUGAAUUGUCGUCCGAGUUUUCCGUUGGCCUACUUUGGCUGCUGCAUCACUUGUUUGACGAGGUUGCGAUUGUCAAGCCAGUGACCAGUCGCCCGGCCAGCUCGGAGCGAUACAUUGUCGGGCGAGGGUGGCGACACUUUAACCCACAUGGAGUGAUCCGCCACUUGGCGGCAUUGAAUGCAUCGUUUGAUCAGACUCCUCACUCGGCUACGUCGGUGGUAAUGAUGGCUGAGCUAGCUCGUGACGACAAGUUUCUCGAGUUUGUGCAAAAUUCUGGCAUCCAACUUGCUACCAAACAAGUCGAAGCCAUCGAUCGCAUCUUGAACAUUGCGCAUGGAACCACUGCCAGGGAGACUGUACAUCGGUUAGAAUUCACGUCCGUACUUGACCGGUGGGGACUCCCCGCGUGAAGAAAGUAGCCGCUAUAACAAGUUAUCAAGAACAGUGGAAUGGCAUACAAUAAUAAC